AUGUCGGAAGAAAACUCGACAACUACAGAGAAUGGGAGCGAGCCGCUGGGUCGAUCGUCCACGAUUCACCUCGACAUGGUCGACUCGUCCGGGGUAGAAGCGAAUCCGGCUGCUGCUACGGAAGCUUCUGGCGACAUCGUCCACGCCGUCAUCCCUGAAGAGGACGAUCUCAACAUCCCAAUAAACGAACCGCCGGUCAACGGGAAAACAGAAACGAACGCUGGCGGAGACGAAAAUCAAUGGGCCCACUUAGCGAACGCGGUGGUGCCGGCGCCAGAGAAAUACGAGUUCACCGAGUCUUUCCCGUAUUUUAAUAAGCCUGACGAUAUCAUGUACGAGGAGUCUCGAAAUAGACUCCUUCAAUUGGAAGGGCUCGGUACCAACAUGUGGCUCCAGGAUACGGACAUGCACAUGAUUCUUAACAUGCUUCUUGAGGAGAUUCGGGAUAAAAAUGCCUACGUCUUCAGCAUCAAUGCCUGGAAUGCGAUCAGACAGGAAGAUGUAAAGGGCGCAGAUCAGUCAAGGGGCAUCAUGAUCGAGCACAAAGCCGGGAUGGCUUACCGGUAUGAAGAAAUCGUCCGGAAGGUUAUCUGGCUGCCUAGUCGUGGCAAGAGGAGUUAUGCUGAUCGAAGACAGAAACAACAGAAGAUGCUCAAUCUCUUCCAAAAAGACGUCCUCUUUCUGCCUAUUAACCAAGACGCCCAUUGGAGCUUGAUAGUCAUAAACAAGCCAAGACUGAUCAUGCAGAAGCUGUUAGAAGGCGAUUUUGAAAAGGAGGAACCGGAACCUCCUGAAUACAGUGAGAAGCUGUCAGCUGAAGGUAACGAGGUUGCCGAUGCCGUUCUACCCGAAAUGACGAGUCUUGAAUCAGGAGAACCUGAAGACGGUGAGCUCGAAGAAAGCGAGAACGAGAGCGAGCAGGUCGAGAAGAGUGAGGGUAUCUCUCAGAAGCUCAUUCAUCAAGACGGGAUGCUCGACUCAAGCAGCGACGAAGAGGUCCCAGAAUCUCCCCGUGAGGGCGAAACUAACGACUCUGGUGCGAACGAGUCGCCUGAGAAGACUGGAGAUGCGCUAGACGACGAUAGUCCAGUUAGUGAUGAGGCUGCUGCUGCGGAACUCUCUGGUCUAUCGCUGAAUGAGGCUGACAGCAUCGCGAAUGGUCAGGAUGAGGAAGAAGUUAAUCCAGAGCGCGAACUUCCCUACGACCGAAUUCCGGAGAUGAGCGACGAGGAGGAAGAAGACGAAUCGUCUUAUGAUGAGGAGGAUGAUGAGGAGGAACAGUCUGAGACUGACGAAGAAAAGUUUGAACGAUUUCACGACGAAGUUGGCCAGAGAGAGAAAGAAUAUUUAUGUCCGUCAGAAGACGAGCCAGGAAUCUACCUGCUCUGCUCGGGGUACGCGCCAGAUUGGUUCGAGAAGGUUGAAGUGGCAUGCGAGUUUUUGACUUCUGCAUUCUUGGACAGAGACAAUGAGGCUCUUCGUGAGGACCAAGACAGGCUGAUUGAUGAAGGGAUUCUCGAGUUAGACGAAAACGCCGAGGACAACAGGCAAAGGUUGCGUAUCGUCAACGGUGGCCGAAAGCCUUCCAUCUACUUCUGCAACAAGACGAGGUUGGAACGCAGCUUGUCGAGAUAUCCCCACCCCUGCAACCGUUGCUACAACAUGGAUCCAUGCCUCCACAAGCAAUUACUUCCUUUCAAGUACGGAAGACCACGAGGUCCCCACCAAGCGAAUGACUUCGACUGUGGCCCAUUCACACUCUUCUACAUCCGGAGGUUUUUCGACAAGGACAGGCCAUUGUUGGACUCACACCCCGACAAGCUGAAGAAAUGGUUCACACUCCGUGACCUAUUCGCCUUCAAGUACGAGUGCCGGCGUUAUUUCGACAAACUCGUCGGCGUCCCUGAUCGCGAACCUGUAAACCAGCAGGGGCUAGCCGCCAGAUACGGCUACAUUGACGACUUCGAUGAAGCUGUGAAACUUUGGGCCGAAGAAGCGAAAGCCGCAAAACAGCAAGGAGUCAAUUCACCAGCUACAAAUGCUCCUUCCGACUCAGAAGAUACUCCAGCGGAAAAUGGUGCUCCCGUGGAUGAUUCCGCCGAUGAUGGACACAAUGGCGACUCUACCCGAGAAAACGGUGUCCACGAAGACCCUCAAGCAGAUAAGAGCGAAAUAGUGAAGAAUCAGGAGGAGGGUGAAAUCGUGGAUCAGAAGGAUGAAGUAAAACGAGACGAGAAUGCGAUGGAGGUCGAUACAAACGACACCCCACCUGAAGUAUCACCCAACUAUUCUGAAGCUCAAGAGCUUCCCAUCCCUGCUCCGAACAUCGUCGCCGAAAAGACAGGGGACAAGCUCGAGCCAGCUGCAGAGCAACAGGGCGCUUUCGAUCUUGAGCCUGCAAGUAGCGAGCUCCCGACACGAAGAUCCAGUCGGCGGCUUUCGUCAACACCGCAGUACGUCUACAACAAGCGAAAACCGCGUCCCAAGACGCCCGGUACUCCCCGAAGAGGCUCCGAACUCGACACUUCUUCUCUGGAGUCAACCCCUCUAUUAGGAGUCGACCUUAAGAGGUCUAUUCGAUCUCCGGUUAAACGAAAAGGUUCGGCUGAAGAAUCUAUGAUGAAUGAUCGCCAAGCCGCUAUUGCGCUGUAUCAUUCGAUCAAUCAGCGGGCAACGCGAACAGCAAAAUCGAAAGCUGUCGCGGUAAUCCCAACCAAAAUCGACCCACGAGCUACAACUACGCCAAGCCGAGGAAACCGUCGAUCGCGAGCUUCUACUCUCACGACUCCUGUGCCUGCAGAGCGCACCGUCAAGCGCAAGAUUGAGAAAGACUCUAAAGACGAUGCCGCAAAGAACAAACGCCGCAAGACCACCAGCGACGUUCCUGAUGCGCCCAAGUCCCGACGAACUCCAGCAAGAAGGGGUCCCAAUCGUCGAAAGACGAUGUCUUCAGGCGCAGAGCCCAAGCCUGAGCCUUGGACAGGCGAAACUUCUGGCUGGACCCUCAUCGCCGAAAUGUCGUCGUCUUUUUAUGAGUUUCGGGUAUACGGACGUUAUCCUCCUCAUCGCCCCGGUACCCCACCUGCCCAGAACACUCCUAGAAGGUCCACUCGAAAAAGCGUCCGAUAG